GGCAGUCAAAAAGAGUUGGGAGGACAUCGAAGACAUUUCGUGCCGGGACUUCAUCGAGGAGUAUGUCACAGCCUACCCAAACCGGCCGAUGGUUCUGUUGAAGAGCGGUCAGCUCAUCAAAACGGAGUGGGACGGCACUUGGUGGAAGUCCCGUGUGGAAGAAGUGGAUGGGAGUCUGGUCAAAAUCCUCUUCCUGGAUGACAAACGCUGCGAGUGGAUCUACCGAGGCUCCACCCGCCUGGAGCCCAUGUACAGCAUGAAGACUUCCACUGCCUCCACCCAGGAGAAAAAACAAGGGGGACAGAUGAGGACCCGGCCGAAUGUUGGCGCUGUGCGGAGCAAGGGUCCAGUUGUCCAGUACACACAGGACUUAACAGGGACAAGCGUACAAUUUAAGCCUGUGGAGCAGCCCCCGAUGCCCAUCGUGCUGUCACAGCCCGUCUCGCCACAGUUUAUCGAACUGGACAGUCCAGAGAGCCAGUUAGCUCAGUCCAAAAAGCAGCAAGUAGCCAAAAAGAGCACUUCGUUCCUGCGCCCAGGCUCGGUGGGAUCAGGACCGUCUUCUCCACCUUCCCCUGUCCUGGGCGAAGCACUUUCCAUCGGGAGGACUGGGGUGACGCAGCAAUUUCGGUUUUCCGGCCCUCUACCAGCCGGCAGCUCCUCCCAGCAGUUCCACAGCAUCCUGGACCGUUUCCCCAACGAGCCAUCCUACAAGGCCCCCGUGGAGAAGCUCUUCUACCUCCCCCACGUGUGCAGCUACACUUGCCUGUCGCGGGUGCGCCCCUUCCGCAGCGACCAGUACCGCAGCAGGAACCCCCUCCUCAUCCCGCUCCUCUACGACUUCCGCCGCAUGACGGCCCGCCGGCGCAUCAACCGCAAGACGGGCUUCCACGUCAUCUACAAGACGCCCUGCGGCCUGUGCUUGCGCAGCAUGGGCGAGAUCGAGCGGUACCUCUUUGAGACGGACUGCGACUUCCUCUUCCUGGAGAUGUUUUGCCUGGACCCCUACGUCCUGGUGGAUCGCAAAUUCCAGCCCUACAAGCCCUUCUACUACAUCGCCGACAUCACCAAGGGGAAAGAGGACGUCCCCUUGUCGUGCGUCAACGAGAUUGACAGCACCCCCCCGCCCCAGGUGGCCUACAGCAAGGAGCGCAUCCCGGGCAAGGGCGUCUACAUCAACACCGGCUCGGACUUCCUAGUGGGGUGUGACUGCGAAGACGGUUGUAGGAACAAGUGA